GACGCGGCCUUUGUUUACAACGCGAAAAGUAGAUCGAAACAAAAACAAGUUCAAAACGAAUCAGCUAGCCAGCAGCCAGUUUAUUUAGUACGCUCUUACGUGAGACAUCUACUGUCUUAUUUUGCAAGUUUAAAUUUAACUUUCUUCGUCGUUUUAACAGAAUAUACAUAUACAUUUAUAUACAAUUUAAUAAAACAUCACUAAAGAGCAUCUGUGAAAAAGUUUUUGAAUUUACGUUCUUUGUUUAAAUUUAGUGAAAAUUUACGCGACGUUGCCGCUCCGUCUACUGCAACUAGCUAGUUUUCUACGUCGAAUAAAAUUUUGUUGAAAGUUUUUUUUGCAUAAUAUCAUUUAAAAAUCAAAACCGUGCAUCAUUUUUAACUUGUAUAAAUACGAGUAAUGCUUCAGUGCCUUGAAAUGUGUGAAUUUGAACGUUGCGAAGUUUCUGACGCAAUAUCAAUCUGGCAACAGCGCGCGGAGUCUGACUGAAAACAAGUUUUAAAUGUAUUAAAGAACUCGGAUUUGAUCCGUGAUCACUACACUAAUUCUCAGCUUAUGAGUCAGUCUGCUGUCAAGAUCGCUUGAGUUUGUUCGGACUAGAAAGAAAAACCAAAUCCUAAAUCAUAGGGUAGUUUUUCAGCUAAUAAGCAACCACGGAAGCAUCCGGGUACUAGGGCCUUCGCGCCCGGUCCUCAAGUCGUCGGGUCGUCGAGCAGAGGGGGGAUCGGCACGGGCAUAUACAACGACAUUAGCCGCUGCUUGCUCUGCGCACGCUUAGGUGCCGAUUCACCCGCCGCUCGCGCCAACCGUCCCGAUCAUGUUGAGAGCGGGCGCGAGGCACCCGGAUGCUGCUGAGUGUCGUUCGCCGGUCGCGUCCACGUCACGUGACGACGUCGACUCGGCCCAGCAACUGUACGCUACGCUCAACGAGUACCUGCUCCUCGAGCAAAAGUCUCAGCCGAAACUGCGCUUGCCCGCGGAGUCUGAGAGCGGCGAAGUGACGACCGGCGCUAGGGAUGGCGCAGCGCACGUGUUGCGCUGUCUCAAAGUCUGGUUCGAUCUACCCGCGGACGUGCUCAUCGGGGCCAUCAAUCUGUUCGACAGGUUUCUGACCAAGAUGAAGGUGAGGCCGUGUCAUGUGCCGUGCAUUACUGUCUCCUGCAUGAACAUAUCCAUAGACGAGUAUGCGGCUAGGACCAACAUAAAAAGGACAGUGUCAAUAGAGGAGCUGGUGUCUAUCUCACAAUCGGCCUGCACCGCUGGCGACGUGUCCAGGAUGUCUCGAGUCAUUCAGGACAAGCUGGGAUUGGCACGAGGAACUGUCAGCGUGACGGCUCUGCACUGGCUCAGACUGUAUCGGAAGCUGUUGCUGAUGCAUGCUGACGCCGGAGACGUACUGGCGCAGGAAAGCGAGCUGGUGAAUCUACUGGAGAUAGCCGUGUGCGACGCCACCUGCGCCAACGCUCGGACCAGCGAACUGGCACUCGUCUUACUCUUCCAUAAACUAGAAAAACAACUCGUCGAAUGGUCUGAAAAAGGAAUGACUGUCCCGGAAAAGGUUUUCUACAUGUACGACUUUGCCAGGCAACUGCAAAUUCAUUGUCAUAUGUCGGACGCUUCCCUGAGCGGCGUCGGCGGCGCCGUGCGCGGCGUGGUGCAGCGCUACGAGUCGCGCAGCGCGCAGCCGCUCCGGCAGCGACUCGUCUGGAGACUCUCCGAGAGAACCCUCAAGGUGCUCCGCCCUACCGAUCGCCUCACAUCCCUGCUGCCCACCAUUGAGGAACAGCACUUCGCGGUCGAGGCGACGCCCACAAGAACCAGAUCUGGAAGCGAAAGUAGUGUAAGCGAAGAGACAUCGGAUUGGCCCAGAAGUCCGUUGCUGCCGGUUUAUUGUGACAAUUGAACGAUAACGACAGCUUUGAAUAUGGUGGACUGGUGAGUUCAUCUCGAGCCCGCAAGUCCAAGGCAAUCGCAGCAGUAACAUCAGACGUCCCAGAUACCAUCGAUAAACGAGAGAAACUGAAGCAUUGGUGUACUGAAAAAUUGUUGUAUUUCAGUUGAUUUUCAAUGACAGUAUUUUAGUGUUGCCAGUGUAGUGAUAGUGGUGUAGCGUACAUACGAACGGCUAGUUUUGUCGGUCUGGAUCGAGUGGAUUUACAAUACACAAGCAACAUUAAUGAUCGAUUAAUAGUAUAUGGCUUUAGUGCCUUAAUCUGUGACAGUCUAUGGAACUGUGUCCGAAGUCUACAAAUGUAGUCUAUACAGUGCUGGGUGUGAUUGAACUAUUCCCUUAAAACAUGCAAGCGUACUUAAUGUUUUUCUACAAUAGUGGCAGAGUUACAGAAGCCAAACUUAAAUGGGUCAAUUGUAUGAACGCCAAGUAUGUAAGGUACUUUUAUAUCAGAGUAAUAUUAGUUUCACUGUAAAAAAAAUUUGAGCUUUUUAUCCUUGUCCCAAAUUAUUACUGUCUGGCAUAAUGUAUGGCAAUAUUAGAUGCGCGGAUUUUGUUAUCUCUGAAUAUAAAAAUCAAGGCUGAAUAAAUAUUUAACUCUGCAACUGAAGAAGAUUUUAAGGUACUGAAGUAAUUAUGUCGAUUUACUGGUUAUUAAAGGCGCCGGAAUAUCUAGUAGACUCUGGGAAAGACGAAUCCGAACAAUACUGAGAAUGAAUCGUAUUUCUAAGAGAUCUAUGAGACUAAAACAUACAUUAACAAACAAUAGAAGGCCAUGCAGGCGCCUUAGUAACAGAAAUCGACAUAAUUACUUCAGUGCGCCGCGUAGGGCACCGGUGACCUACACGACAGUCAAAGGGCCAAUGCAAUUUUUCUCAUGCAUAAUAUGCGAAGUUUUUUUGACUUCGAAAUAAUGAAUUUUGUACACACGGAAUGUCAUUGAUAUAGGCAUAUAUUAAAGGCAUUAAUAAAAGCGAUUAAUUAUGAAAUCAAAUAAAAAAUGGUUCCCAUGACUAAAUAAAAAAAAAAUACUAAUUUAAAAAAAAAAAUUACCGCUUAAAUCGUAAAUGGCUUCGACCCGAAAUCUGGAACGUGUUUGAGAUUUGAAAUUAGAAAAUGAAAUCAAAAUUUAUUUACUUUUUUUUUUGUUGCAAAGUUUUAAUCGAAUUUCAUUCGGGUGUAAAUGAGAUUCGCGCAUCUAUAAAUAAUUUCUCUUUUAAAUUUGACCAGCAAAUCCGGACCUCCCAAAAACAAUGAAAGGUCAAGGGAAUAUUUCAAACAUGAAGGGUCAUAACAAUAUAACCGCGUCCGAACAUUUAAAAUGAUAAAUUUUAUAAUUCUAAAUUUGAGAUUACGUUUUCAAACGUAAACGUAAUACUUAUUCGUACAAUUCGAAAUUCAAUUUCUUUCCAAAAUUUCUCCCUUUUUUGUAAAUUAAAAAUGGAACGAAACAUUUUAAUUAUUACGAUCACAUUCGAAUAAAUUGGAACUUUAUUUUAGAAUAUUAGAAAAAAACUGGUGCAAUUCUAAAUUGUUUUCUUUUUUGCUUUCAAAAAGUUUUUAGACUUUAUUUAAGUUUCUCGGCAGCGUAUUCCCGUCGUCAUACAGCCCAGUUAUGUCAAGUAGCUUUAUUUAUUUAUAACUUUUUCUUUUUUCAAAUAGGCGUUUUUCGACCAGCAAGACUUUUAAAGACCGAAUCUCGUUAGAGGUUUUGAUAGUGAAAAGCGCCUAAUGUUUAAUAUUUAAUUAAAAAUGGGCGGGAAAACGUUUCUUGGAAGCAUUUAAUUUCUCUUCUGUGAUGAAUUUUAAUUAAAAUAGUAGUACGAAGAUUCCAGGUUUUUUUAAAUACUGCUUAGAUUUAAUGUGUGUGUGUGCGUAAAAAAAAUUGGUUCUAAAAGCUGUUGCAAAUGUUUAUGUAAUGAAAUUUUCAAGAUUUUAAUGAAUGAAUUUUAGUGUAGGUAGUAUAACAUGGCGUUUCUGUAUUAAUUUUUAAGGAAUCAAUUGUUUUUUUUUAGUUUCUUUAUUUUGCUGUCAUUAAUUUUUAAAAGCGCGAACGUCAAAUGAAAAGGGAAUACCACCGAAAUUAUUUUUGAAAAUAUUUUUUUAGUUUUUUUAAGUAUAUUUCGGUUUGUUCUUAGUAUUAUUUUUAAUGUUUUGGUGCCACGUGCGUGUUGGGUUCGUUCGCCUUUUUGGAAUCUGUGACGGAAAACUCGGAGUAUGGCAGAACUGAAAAAGCAUCUUAUGACUAACUCUAGGUGGGAGUUUAAAAAAAAAAAACAAAAAACUUACACAAAUGUUAAAAAAAAUCUUGUCAUUAAUUUUGUUUAAUUAUUAAUAUAAAUAAAAAAGAUAGUUUAAUUAAUCUAAUUUCAUUAAUGCAUAGUUAGCUUUAAAUUUAUAUAAUAAACGACAAAAAAAAAUUAAAUAUUUCUGGAAAAAAUGAAAAAAAAAAUGAUCUCAGAAUAUAAUACUUUCAAAGGAAAAGCAAAAAAAAACAAAAUUAAUUUUUAAACCAAAAUAAGUAUCCAAUUGCAUUUUGCAGUUGUAUUUAAAUGUAAAUUAAGUAUACGUUUUUCUUCAUAAAUUCUGAAAAAUCAUUAAAAAAUCCUCAUUAACUCCUUCACUCAUUAAAUUCAUUUUCUCUUGGAGUGUAUGGUAUUUGUUGCCACAAUCUGCAUUUCAAUAUGAGCAUGUUUUCUAAACUAUAAAACUACAUAUAUUUCAAAUCUGUGAUAUCAUCUUGAACUAUAUAUAUAUAAAUAUGCAUCUUAAAAUAUGUAUGUAUAAGGUGGAUAUUUUGGUUGACCAUGUUUUUUGCACCAUCUUAAUGUAGUUGAAUAGCUUUUUUGAACUUUUCGUAAUGUGCUUAUGGGCCUCGCUGAAGAAGGCUUUAAUGGUGUUUGGAUCUCUUGUGAGUACACAUGGGUAGGUACCACCACCCUACCUAUUUCUGCCGUGAAGCAGUAAUGCGUUUCGGUUUGAAGGGUGGGGCAGCCGUUGUAACUAUACUGAACCUUAGAACUUAUAUCUCAUGGUGGGUGCACUGUGAGCUCGUCCACCCAACUAAGCAAAAAAAAGGCUAUUUACUGCAUCUUGAUUAUUCUAAAAUUUUUGCUGGUUCAUCUGAAAUAUUCACCCCGUAUAUCACUACAUUAAACUUUCUAAGUAAAUUACAUUGUUACGAUUUACAUCGGCCCAUACACCUCAGGCCCUGCAUACAAACGGAGCCAGACUCGCAAUGUGACAGCUGUCAGAUUGACACGUGACAGUGAUUGAUUAAUGUCACGGGUUGUUGGACCUCUUAAACGUUGAGUUGACGCUCUUAAACGAAGCUAAUCUGUGCAGAGAGGCAUUUAGAUGUUUUUAAUUUUGUAAAAUCCCUGUCCGAAUUUGAAGUUGAAUAUAAUAAAGUGACUAUUGCAGUGUAUCGAGAGGUGAAAGGUUAUUUUGUUUAGGCGACAUUUAUCUUUGUAAUUAACAGUGCGUUUUAUCCCGUAUUAGCAUAUGUUUAAUUGAACUUCAGUUAAUUUUAGUCCAUUCAAAUAGCUGAAGAAGAUUUUUUUUCGUUAAGAUAUUUUUUCCAAAUUUUAAACUUUAAAUGACUCUCCUGUAGAAUUUCUAAAAUGUCGCUUAAACAAAACAGCCUUUUAUGAUCGAGUGCUGUGAAAGUUGCAAAUUUGGGCCCUAGUAGAAAUGUCCCUACAGAAUUCAAACAGAGAUACACAUGAGUUCAGAAAAAGUAAUUGUUUUUAUUUCUUUUAUUGGAAUUGUAACAUGCUGUACAUAUGCCGUGUGUCUUGUGAGAAAAAAAAGUCAAAUAAAAAAAAACUCGAAUCGAAGAAAAUAAAUAAUUUUGAAUAUCUAAA